AUGACGACCAAUUACAGAUCGCUAAAGACAGCGGUGGACUACGAAUACGGGUAUAUGAUGAAACAAGGGAUCGGGGAAGAAAAGAGUUGGAGAGCAAAGAAAGACCACCCAUUUGACGACCAUGCAAAGAGAACAAAAUUGGGACAAAGUAACACCUCCUUGAAUAACCCCCAUUCGAAGUUCUUCCAUUUUGAAAGUGGAAGUGCCAAAUUGGUGGAAGCGAAAAAUGGGUAUGACAAAAAUGAUCGCAAGGGUGAGCAAUCUGAGAAUGAUCUAACAGCAACACAGGGAACUGCUACAAAUGGGGAAAUUUUCUUUAAAAAAAAAAACAAAAGCUACAAAGAUGACACAUUAGGGAAGUCCACGAUGGAAGACAACACAGUUACCCCGUCGAAUGGGAAGAAGCGCCAUUGGAUAGACGGACGGAAUGAAAAGAGUCAACACAGUGAACAAAAUUUGAAGAGGAAAAAAAUAAAUGAAAUUAUAAAUAAGUACAGGAAAAAUAUGACAAUACUGCAUGGUAGAACAAGCAGUGAAGAUUCAGUUAACUGUGACGGAGUCAAUUCAAAGGAAGAUGGGUGCAUCUCCCAUUUUGGUGGUACCUACAAUUUGAGGGGGAGUAAUCAUAACCAUUGUGUCGACGCAGAUGAGGCAACUCAUCUGCAGGGGGGGGAGAAUCCCCGGGAUGGUAAGAAGAGCCAAGUAUGUGAUAAGCACAAUGAUGAGAGUCACCAGUGGGAUACGUUAAGGUCUCUUCAAAGGGGACAUAAAGAAAUGAAAGAAAGUUCAACUGAGGAUAUUGCUGCACGUCCAGAAGGUGAAGGGAGUGUGAAAUGGUUAAAAGAGAACAUCUCGAAAAAAAAUUCCGAGCCAACAAAAAGUGGUGAAAAUGGCGAGCGAAGUUAUAUGAGCAGGUAUCCCCUCCUUUUGGAACAACGAAAGAAGGAAUACUAUUAUGGUAGCUCCGAAAAUUUGAUAAAUUUGAAAAAUUACGGCAUAAGUUUGGGUUAUAAAGACGGCCAUGGUCAUGGGGGGGCCAAAAGUAAUUCAAAGCUUUCAUCCCUUUUGAGCGAAAGAAAAAAGGAGGUAAUGGAAGAGGAAGAACCUCCUAUUAAACUGCAUGCACCCAAUGGGGCAGAUAACCUUUUGUCCAGUGUUAAUCUCCCCAAGGUGUAUUACUCCUCCGAAGGGGAAAAGCAGUAUAGCGCAUUGGACACGCAUGAGGGUCUCUCCUACGGGGGGAGGGACCUUCAGAAGGGUAAAGACAGCGGUGAUACAAUUCGGGGUAACACCCGCCUGUGUGAUGAUGAUUCCACCUCGAAUAUUUAUCACGCACCCAUAGGCGAGGAAAAAAGCAACUCUUUAAAUUUUGACAAAUCCGCCGGUAUUCAGGGCAACCUAAUUAAAGGCGCAACCGAGGUAAUCUCCACGGGCAAAUUUUCCCACUUUAAUAAACUGUUUAACCAGGCGGCAUUCACGGAUGAUGAGAAAAGGAUCAGAGAAAGAUUCGAGCAAGUGAAACAAAUGGAGAAGACGAUCAAUUUUGAGGAAGGUGUAUCCAGUCAGAAGGGGAAAGGGGAGGAUAAGCAGAAUGAAGGAAGGAAAGAAGCACACCAUGUGGGUGAGCCCCUAGGCGAAGCAGGUAACGCAGCGGGGCGUAGUGAAGGUGGAGAGGGUAGCCUCAAAGGUUGGAAGGAAGCGACAGAGGAGAAGACAAAUGUGGAGAACAAAUUUGGUGAAUAUAAAAUUGGUGAGGAAAAUUCCCCACUGGGGGGUAAAGAAGCGUCAGGAGGUACUGCUAAUAAAGAGCUGACAUCAAAGAGGGAGACCAAGUUAAGAUACACUUUCGAAGUUGGGGAGACCAAACUUCAAGGGAAAAAAGAAGAACAUGAACCAGACGAGAGGAAAAAUUCGUACCUUCACCAGGAUGAUACAAAUGAGUACCCACGUGAGGAAAAAAGCAUAAGCAACUUCAAGGACCAGGGGAAAUACGAAACGGUUAAGGCGAACCGUCCCAGUGAACAACACAUUCAUGAUCGUGAUAAGACAUCCCCAUGGACGGGGGAGAAUAAAGACAGGAAUCUUUCUCUUUACGAUAAGAUUAAAUAUUCUGUCCUGAGUAAAGGGGAAAAGGAUCCCCAAUUGGAAAAAGGAGAGAAGGUAGACAAUUGCCACGUGGAACCGAUUUCGGAUUACAGCAGAAAUGGGCUUAGCAUAGAACAGAGUAAAAAAUGGGAUGACUUGAGGGAGAAGUAUCUAGACCUGAAAAGAAAACAUGCCAUUGGUUCGAAUGGAGGAAAAGAUCUUUACGCUUUGGGGAAAGAGAAGGAAAAAGGCGCCAGGAUGUCAAGCCAAGAAAGGGACAAACUGUGUAACUUAUGGGUUGAAGGAAAAACGAAUAUGGGGGAAAAUCUCCCAUCAAGAAAUGGAGUGGUACCCCAUUUGGAUCAAUCACUUAGGAAAAAGGCAGAGCAAAGAAGCCAAAAAAGGGCAGAAUCGGAAAAGGCAAAGGGUAUGACCACCAACUCGCGCAUCCAUGCGUUAAGUAACGAUAGGACAGCAGGGUAUAGGAGUAAUGGCUUACCAACUCGUAGCGAAGGUACUGAAAACAGCAUCGGCAAUCGCAGCCGAAAUUGGGAAAAGGAGGAGAGGGCUUGCACAGAGGAGCCUUCCCAUCAGGCAAUUAUAGAGAGAUUGAAAAGCGGCAAGGAUAAAAAUCUCCUCAGUGGAGACCUGCGUAACAAAUAUGUCCGUAGUCCAUCCCGCCAGACAAAUAGAGGAAAGAGUGGGGAAGUAGAAAAAGGUUGGAAAUUUUCCUCCACCAAGGUGCAGAAAAGGGGAGAAACCCAAUUUGAGGUGUUCACCACGACAGGAGGCAAGAAGAAGGAGAAGGAAAAUUCUUCACAUAUCAGUAUGGUCAACACAAACGACACUACCCAUGAGCAGGAUAAAGGAGGGACACACCCCAGUGAGGAUCACAUUUUAAAAAAGUAUCGUCAUUUUUUGGGGAAAUCACCCCCACGUAGGAGUCCAUACGUAGGAGCCAAUAAAGUGAACGGAUACCCAAAGGAACUGCUUCACAAAAGUGUAGUGUUAAAAGGAAAGGGAAAAAGUAAUCAACCUGUGAAUAGCCUAAGGGGGGAGAACAAUCGCAGUGGUGAAUUUGCUCUACCAACCGAUCUGGCAAAGAAGAAACCUCCCAUGUGGAAAGGAAUGUUAGGCGAUGAGUUCAUGCAAAGGAUGAGCAAAUUGAACCCUCAGAAGAAGGAAAAAGUCAACUUAGGAGUAAAGUCCAAAGCGAAGAAUCCACUCUUCCAUUCGACGAAUUCCCAAACAGAUAUGCACAAAAAGAACAUCGUUGAAAAUAUUCCGAAUGAUCUGCACGUAUCGAAUAUAGACAGCCUAGAGGAAAUAAAAAAAAAAUAUGAAAAUGUGAUUAAACGAGUGAAGGAAAAUCUUUCUACUGACAAGAACUACUCCAAGUUGCGUCCAGAGGGGAAGAGAACCAACUCGAAUGAAAGGAUAAAAGAAAAUUUAGACAUGAUUAAGGAACACUUUAAUAAGGAAAAAAUGAAAAUAGAUGAGGAGAACAGAAUGAGGCAUGAAAUAAACGUGAAGAGGAAGUUGUACGAGUUAAAGAUUAGGAAAGACUUUGAGGAGAAAAUUAGAAUUCGCAGGGAGAUGAACGAGAGGAAGGUAAUGGAGGAAGGUUCAAACAGGCAGGCAGAUAACGUCAACAUGGGGGAAAACCACCAUAAGGAAGACAUCCAUGUGGACGAAGCGGAGAAUGGCGCACGUGAAGGUCGACACGGGGAUGCAGCAAAGGCGAAGGAGGCACAACAGGAUAAGCAGAAAGAUGAGACAAAACCGGGAAAGGUUGAACAGAAGAAGAACAUCUUUGAAGAUUACUCCAGCGAUGGAAGCUAUUACAAAUACAUGUACAGAAAUCUUUACGAAGAAACAUGGAACAACAAAAUGAAAAGCCACUACCACGACGUGGGGGACAAUUUUUACCUGCAGGAUUGCUCAGAUCAUUUUUUCCUCAAUGCGAAGGCACACCCUUCAGUUGCCGAUUCCCUUUCGAACAGUUUUGACAAUGAGUUAAUAUCACUCAGCAGAAUAAAGUUUGACGACUUCGACUAUAAUUAUUUGAAUGAGGUUAACAGAUCUGUGUUGGAGAAAAAGGAAACCCCGCACCAUUCUCCCGGUCCGUCGGAUGAGGAAGAGGAGAUGGGAAGAAAUCCCAAUCUGUUGAAGCCGAAGGUUAUAUUGACUGACAGCGAAGGGAGCCCUAGAAGGAAAUGCGCACAAGGGAAUACACAAACGAAUGGUGGAGGCAAGAACGGAAGUAGCUUCAGCGAUUCGUCUUUAAUCAAAAGGAGAGUCAACUGUGGGGGUAGGAAAUCCCCCGACUGCUCACGCGUCCUACCGAACUCCAGUGCGUACAAACAAAACGACAGCGAGAAUAUUCUGAACAAGUUGCUGCUGAUAAAGCGCCAGAAUAGGGCGCGCGCGGGGGAACCGCGUGAAGAGGUGGAACCGGAUGAUGCAGAUGAUGUUGGCGAAGCAGACGAGGAGGAAGAACCAGAUGGAGAGACUGAAGCAGAGGGAGCGAUUGAAUCAGAUGGCGAAACUGAAGUGGAUGAGGAAAACAAAACCAGCGUGGACGAAGUCACCCUGCAGAAUGACCUACCUGAAGAGGAGAAUGCUCAUCUAGCCAAAAAGAAACAGACGCGAAACAAAGCAAGCUGCACCAAUGGUAAUAACAUGGGGGGAGGUAACCCCACCAUGCAGAAGAACAGCAGCCCAGGGGAAGAACAUUCGACGGAAAUAAAAAAAUCCAAUUUGAGAGAAACGGAUGUGGAAAAAGAAAGAAAGGUAAACGAAUGGGGAGAUAAAAACAGGCACAACAACCGUCAUUCGAAUAGUUUAGAGAAAGAUCAACAGAAUAAAUUGCCAAAUAAAUCGAGCGGAAGUGACGAAAGUGAAAACGAUGAAAACCAUCUGAAGCGUUCUCUAUCUUCAUCGGAUAACGGAAUUCCAAAAAUUAACAUACUGAACAAUAGGGAAAAUUAUAUUCCUCUAGACGUUGCUCUUAACUUCGUUAUAGACAAUGAGAAACUGAAAAAAACGAACGUGCAGAAGGAACACAAGGGAAGCCAAAAGAAGAAGACCUUCGUGCAGUGGCUGAUGGACGAGCGCAAGAAGAGACUAAAGAACAAUUUGCCCAUCGAUAUUUGA